AUGGACCAGCUCUCUCGUUACAUGGCGGCAAUGCUUAUUAAAACCACGCCCUACCUAACAACCGAAAUAAUUCAGUUUGACCAGUUAAUGGAAUUUACAAAAAGGAUCUCCGCUACUCAACAGAAUAUCAGCGUCGAUGGUAUAUUAACGACAGGCUCCUGGUCAGUUUUGCAGCGUUUUCUCAGUGACAACUUUCCUAAAUAUGUACCUGAACGAGUUGGAUAUUUCGGUUACUACAGCGCAAGUGCUGUGUGUCUGCCACGUUAUUUCAAACUACAGACUGGCCAGUUCGAAGUUAAUGCGAUUUCUCCCGUUAUCAUGAGCUUUAACUUCAUAGCACUCCUCUACAUCUGCGCGGCAUACGCUGCGAUUUAUAAAAGAACAUAUUCUGGGAACAUGGCAGUAGAUACAGCACAAAGGCAACAAACGGAACAGCGCCAGAAAAACGCAAAGAAGAUGCAACGAAAAAUUUCGAUUCUUAUAUUUACAGAUUUGUGGUGCUGGCUUCCAGUAUGCCUCAUGAGUUUUGUAAGUCUAAGAAAGUCAGGUAUGCAUGGCUCAGUAUACUCUUUCUCUGCGAUAUUUCUCUUGCCGAUAAACAGCUCGCUAAACCCAAUCAUCUACACAGAUGCAGUUCCAAAACUUUACACAAAGCUAAAACAAAUCGGGUUGCAGGUCAGGACAUUGGUGAAUAAUGAGCAAACACAAAUUACAGCCACAACUGAAUUUCCCAACGUGGCAACAACAUCAGUAUAA